UAAACAUUAAUUAUUGCCUUAGUAUUUGUACCGGUAAACAAAUUAUACGUAUAAAAAGUCAUGCAAUAAACACAUGGUUACGAUUACCAGUUAGUGUAGCGACGCCUGGAGCAUAACGAUGUAAUUUAUAAAGCAUGUACUGAAAUGCUUGAGUCUAUGUUUGAACUCUGAUGCUGAGAACUUGGAAGAAGAAAUAAACCAAAAAUGACUCAAGCAGUUGAAAGUGAUGACUCACGACAACAAUUCUGGAAAGUUCAAAGAAUAUGGCAACGAAUAAUUGAAGAUCUUGAUCUACAGGUGGAUCGUGCAUGUGGAUGGCACACUGGACUUUGUAGAUACAUUGAAAAAGGAGAUGUAGAAACUGUUGAGAAAAUUUUUAAAUAUGAUCCUAUUUUUGCAAAUCAGCCUAUUUACCAGCAUUUAAGAAAAACUUCACUGUAUAUAGCAUGUAAAACUUUAAAUGGUCAGAAGGCCGUUUCUAUGGUGAAAGUACUCUUGAAGUAUGGAGCAAAUCCAAACAUUAGGACCAAAACAGGAAUAACUCCAUUGAUGAAAUUUCUGAAAAAAGACAGAAGUAAUGUGCCAAGUGUAGAAGAAUUGGCAGUUUCUGUGGUUGCUGAUCUUUUGAAUGCUGGGUCUUUUGUGAAUAUCACUGAUAAGAAAGGAAACACUGCACUCAAGAUAGCUUUGGAAUAUGGGAGACUGGAAUGCCUGAAUGUUCUUCUACAGCAUAUACAUAAAAAGAGUGUUGGAAGAAAACGGUGCUUGAGAUUUUUCAGCAGAACUGGUAGGUUACCUAAGGAAUGGCUUAUUAUGUUGAAGGCGGGAGCAGGGGAUCUAAGAAUGUUGGACCAUCUGUUACAAGAUAGAAAAAGAGAGGAGGGACUAGAAAUAGAAAGAAUGAGAAUACAAAUUGAGAUAGCAAAAUUCACCCAACCAAAAGAAGAAGGACCCAAAAAUGACAAUGGAGUCAGGGAUAGUCGACCCAAGUUGCCCAAAUUUGAUGAACAUAAAGAUGACACGAAUGCUUUCCUGGAUAGAUAUGAAAGAUUUGCCCAAAGCCAGAACUGGUACAAAGGCGACAAGGCA